AUGACUGAACUCGACCCGAAGAAUCCUUCGCGCAACGAGGAAAAAGUUUAUCACUUUGCGAGUCCGAUCAGUGCUGAGAAAUUACCACAAACCAAGCUCGAUAGUCAGCCACGUUGCCACUCGUACAACGAUGCAACUUCGCACACGCCAAUGGACUCAGCAACGAUUGGACAUAAACGAGUCAAAAAUGAAGACAAUCCGCUAACGUUUCCAAGUGAAACGCUCUCUUCUAGUGGAAUACAAAGCACGCACAUACUGAACUCGUCUAAAUCGGAGCCGAUUUCUACCGAUGAUGACUUUUAUGAGAAUUUCCGAGCCGCACACGAAGCUAUCGACGCAGGAGUGCAUCCAAUUCUGAUCCCUGAGGGGACGUCGGGUUCUUAUUUUGUGCGCGACGUGAAUGGCCGUUAUCUGGCCGUUUUCAAGCCAAAGGACGAGGAACCUUUUGCACCACUUAAUCCAAAAUGGCCAAAGUUUUUCCAGAAAAUGUUGUGCUUCUGCUGCUUUGGACGCGCGUGUCUCAUUCCAAACAACGGAUAUCUGUCCGAGGCGGCCGCAAGUCUUGUUGACGAAAAGCUCAAGCUUCACAUCGUUCCAAAAACCCGUGUCGUCAAGUUGGCCUCCGCAUCGUUUUUCUACAAGAAGAGGUUUUGGACCUCGUAUGGUGGCAUUGAACAUUGGCCGAAAGAGGGAAGCUACCAGCUAUUCGUUCAUGGAUAUGAGCCGGCAAGUAUUGUGAUGGCUCGUUGGGAAUACGACGAGAAAUUGUUGAGUGACGCAGAAGAAAUCUCGUUUCGAAGACAGUUUCAGCGAAUGUGUGUCCUCGACUAUGUCAUUCGAAAUACCGAUCGUCACAAGGACAAUUGGCUGAUCAAGCACGUUCCCGGACAAACCAUCCGCUUGGCUGCCAUCGAUAAUGGACUUGCUUUUCCCGUCAAACAUCCGGAGUGUGCUUCGCGUUUUCGUCAAUUUCCCUUUCAGUGGGCAACGCUCAAAUGGGCUAAUGAAAAUUGGGAUGAAACUCUUCGCAAAGAACUGCUGGCACUUUUUACUCCACUUUUCAUUCACAAUCUCAGUUCGGAGCUCCGCCCACUUUUGAGACACGAUCACUUGGACCGUUCUUUGACAAGCCAUCAAUUGAAAGUAUUGCGUGGCCAGAUUUACAAUCUCGUUCAAGCGCUUGAAAAUGACAUGACUCCCGCCCAAAUGUCGAACUUGACUCCAAUCAACCUUCAUCGAACAUAUCGCAAGCUGCCCGUUGGUGAUAACAUCCGGGAAAACUUUACGGUGCGCGACAUGGAUUACAAGGGCCGCGUGUGCUGC